UGCAGCCAUCUUUCCCCUUGCACAGAUGCAGUUGGCUCAGUUCGCUCAGAGCUCAGGCACAGACACAGCAGUUGCCUCUCACUCAUAACUACACAGUCUGGAUGUGCGCCGGGCUCCAGCCUCUCAACCUGCACAGCAAAGCCACCAGCCAAACAUGGAGGAAGGGAUCCCCAGCCUGCAGGACAGGCAGCUGGAACCCAGGGAUUUUCUGGGAAUGGAGUACCCCCACCUGUACCUGUGCAAGCCCAAGAGAGGAAUCAAACGUGACGAAAGCAAGGAGACCUACAAACUGCCUCACCGGCUGAUCGAGAAGAAGAGGAGAGACAGGAUUAAUGAAUGUAUCACUCAGCUGAAGGAUCUCCUUCCUGAACAUCUCAAACUGACAACUUUAGGGCACUUGGAAAAAGCUGUUGUUUUGGAGUUAACUUUGAAACACUUGAAAGGUCUCACAUCUCUGACUGAGCAGCAGCAUCAGAAAAUCGUCUCUUUACAGAACGGGGAACGCUCUCUGAAGUCCCCUAUCCAGACUGAUUUAGACACUUUCCAUUCUGGAUUCCAGACCUGUGCCAAAGAGGUCCUACAGUACUUGUCCCAUUUUGAAAGCUGGACCUCUAGAGACCAAAGAUGCACCCAGCUCCUGAACCAUCUGCACACAGUGUCCAGCCAGAUCCUCUCCAGCUCACAGCUUCUGCUUCAGUCUGUUCCCAGCAGCAAAGGGUCCCCUGCCUCCAAUGGCCGCGGGGUGCAAAAGGCAGAGAACCAGACAAACUGUGUUCCCGUCAUACAGAGGACACACAAUCUGGAGUUAAAUGAGAAUGACACAGAUACCGACAGUGGCUAUGGAGGUGAAGGGGAGAAGGUGGAGGUCAGGGCCAAUGGAAAAAGUAGCAGUGGGGUGAAAAACCAAGGAAGCAACAAUCUGACCAUCAAAGAAGAGCCAAUAGAGGAGCCUUCGCCAAAAAGGUUUAAGGCAGAGUUUUCUGGAAGAGGUGUGACAGGUCCCAAUGCUGAACCUGCCAUUAGACCAGAUGCUGCUUUGCUGAACUCUCUGAUGGGGGUUGGGGGUGUCCCUUUUGGACAGCAGGCACCUUUCUGUUUGCCCUUUUAUUUCAUCUCACCCUCAGCAGCAGCUGCCUACAUGCCCUUCUUAGAAAAGGGCAGUUUGGAGAAAUACCUCUACCCGGCAUCAGCAGCAACCCCCAUCCCAUUACUGUACCCAGGGAUCCCAGGCCAGGCAACAGGCACAUUCCCAUGUUUGUCCUCCGUGCUGUUGCCCGAGAAGAUGGCUGGAUGUUCCUCUGCCCUGUUACCUGAGCUCCCUUCAUCUCCCUUCCAAACUGGACCUGCUGCUGACAGGGGGCUGACUGAGGAGCUGGGGGAACCUUUGGAAGACUUUUUGUCGCCUUCCAAGGAAAACUGACCCUAACAGUUGGAAAGUACCCCAAACACUGAAACUAAAACAAAACAGAAUCGACUAAAGAAGCCUCAUAUUAUGUAGGUGGUUCUGAUAUAAAUGUAUCAACAUUAGGGUUUUAUACAGAUGGUAUUGUAACCCAUUAAUUUAAGCCUUCAAAAAGAAUCAUGGAUUAAUGUGCCUCAUGAUCUAUCACUGAAUGUGUAGUGACUAUAGAGUUAGCCAUGGUUAUCCCACUGACGUAGCCAUGGAUAUCCCAAAGAUGUAACUGACGUAACGUUGUAGCCAUGGGUGUCCAACAGAUGAAGCCAUGGCUAUCCCAUAUUCCAACUAGAAAUGGUGGGGUAAGUCCUCCAACUGCCCAAAAAAUAUUGUUCAAGAUUCAUUUUCAGAUACCAUUCAAGCUAAAUAUUAGCGGUGUUAUAGGAAACGGUUUCUGUGAUUGAGUAUGUCGUGUUAAUACUUUAAAGGCAAAUAUAUUUUCAGAUAAAACUUCAGAUUUCAUUAGUAUUGGGCAGUAGCCUUUUGCUAGUUUCACCCGUACAGCCCUUUUCCUCCACGUGGAGGACAUGAUGUGAAGUAAGUUCACCAUACACCUGGGUGGUGGGAUGUUGGAAGUUAUAGUUAAACAGCAUCUUGAGGGCCAGACCUACUGUAGGUGGCCACAGGUUGAGGUGUGUCUCAUUGGCAUCUUUUUUAAAACUUCCCAGAAACCUUUCUUCUCAUCACUAUUCAGGUACUUUUUUUUUCCGGCUUGGCAGUAAGAGGAGAAGUGGAGUACGUAAUGGUGCCAGGUGAUACUGUAGUAUAAUCCUGUUACAUAAGAGGUGAAAUUGUGCUUGGUUUGGCAACGCCGUGCAUUUCUACUGACUCCUCUCUGUUCUUUCACCCAAAUGAGUUCACUGCACCACAAUUAUGUAAUUGGUAGGCAGACUGUGGAUACAAGGCACCUAGUACAGGAGACUAGAAUGACGUGUUGUAAGAGAAUACAUUCAGUGUUCUUCCAGCUUGUGAGCCCACAAUGAACCGUGUACCUUUCUCGUCUCGGGUUCCCUCGCAGCCACUGCACCACGAGAGAUUCUUAGCUUAAUAACUACCAUCUCUAUCAAAUGUUAAUGUUGGUCAUUUAUCUGCCGGUAUUGGUAAAGUUGAGUCACGUUUGCCGCAGUUUCAGCCCCGCAAUGGUAUUUUUAUUUGAUUUUCGCUGUAAAACAAUGCCUGUCUUACCAAUCUCAAAAUAUCUCCAUUUACAAGAGAAACGAAACGCAGAUUAUUACAUUUUUUAAAGAAAAAAAAAAAAAAUGUUGGGCUUUUUGGUAAAAAAAAAAAAAAGCCUAUUUAGCAAUGUAUUUAAGUGUUUUUUUUGUCGAUGCUGGCCUUUAAUGCAGCUUAAUGUACAAUCCAGACUUCUGUUCUGUGUUAACCCCUUCAAAGCCACUGAUAAUGCUAAGGCACAGCUGCCCAACUUCAGCCUUUGCGACUUCUGUUCCCUGGUAGGUAUAGAAAGAGUUAAAAGAGCAUUUAACAGAUUGCCUGCCCAGGCUAGAUAUGAGUGCCCAGCCCAUUACUUUUCUAAUGCGUUCCUUUAACUCUUUCAUAAAGCAUGGAUGGUUAACCAGCAGCUCUCCUCUGGCUGCCACUUAGUGCCUUUAAAACUGGGCACACAUUAAGUCUGCAUAUUGUUAGCAAAGUAUUUCGGGUAAGGGUUAUGGUACAUUGGGAACCAUCUGCACCGAGUCUGUUCUCCACGUGUCUCUGUUGGGUACCUUUGGGUUCCUCCUACUCUCUAAAAACAUAAAGUCAGGCUGAUAUCAUUUGAAUGAGAUAGAGACCUUAGAUUGUAGGCUCCAAAGGAAUAGAGACUAAUGUAUAACCUCUGUAAAGCGCUGCAUAAAUGUGUCAGCACUAUGUAACAGAUCAUCUUCUUUCCACAUUUUCCAUAAAUGAAACGCACUUUCCAUUCAAAACAAAGGGAGGCGUGAUUUGGGGCACUCCAAAAUGUUCUGUGUGCUAUUACCCUUUUGUGAAAAGGUGAGGUGGUGAAGCUAGCCAUUGGGAUAUUCAGUAACGUAAUCAGGCCAUCCUUGCAUUAGAGGGAGCAGGUGAGGUUUCUGAAUUUCACCAUAUGACACCCCGAGUCCGGCUUAACAUAACUUCCUUUACUAUUUAACCUUGCUCACGUUACCUCCAGGAGAAUAUAUUUAGUAGUUGGCUGCUGGUGGAUCCUGAGUGGGCAGUUUUCACUAGUGAAGGGGGGUCUGCUUGAUGAAUUUGCACUUGAACGAGAGAUUUCCAUGCAUAGACACUGGAGACAAAAAUGGCGUAUUUGUACACGCAACGUAGCACUUUAUCCUGCAAAAACAAGGAUGUCCGCAGUGACUUUUUCUUUCGAAUUGGCUGUCGUAAGAAGUGCAGUGUAAAUAAUGCAUUUUUUUAUUAUGGGGCACUGAACUGAAAGCAAAAAGGCUAACUUAUGUUCUCUUAAAUUCUUCAAACUUUUCCAAGGCAGGAAAGGAGAGGACUCAAUGUCCCUGGGUACAUGAUAGAUGGCCGUGGUCACAAAGAGACGGCUGUGGAUUGGGGCCGGGAAAACUACUUGGCUACGGUUCAGUCAGGGUUGCUUUCAAAUUAUAUAUGUAGAAAAUCCUUUACUGCUCUUGUUGCAUGCACCUUUGAAGCAAUGAUCAGAUAUAAAAUCAAAUUGGAUUGCUUGCAAGGGAACGCAAAAUACCGCGAGUGAAAUUGCACAUUUUUCCCACGUGCCCUAUUCGACCAUGGGUGCUCUAUGCUGAAGCUUUAGGGGCUGAUCUAUUAAUCCGCGUGUUGAUGUAAAACACAAGUAAUUUCUUUAUUUCAUUUUUUGCCAUAAAUUGUUUUUUAGUUUCACAAUAUUUUUAGAUGUUUUAAGUACUUUUUUUUUCUUUAAAAAAGUGACUAACAACUCGUACUUUAGUUUUUUUACAUGGAUAGCCCAGAUCUCGACCCUUCAGUAUUAAUAAUAAACGUUGCAAUUGCAACCUUAUUCAGUAAGGACCUCGGAAAUUAUCCAUCAGGUUUUAACUGCAUGCACAAAUAAACUGUCAAUUGUCGAUGUCUAAUUCACUAAAAAGCCAUUUGGUGAACUGGAUAUUAAAGGUAUGGGGUGGUUAUCUCAAAUGGGUUUGGAAAUCAUCUGUGAGACACAAUUGCUAUGUGUUACUUAGUUUAAAGGCAGAAAAUAGAUGUGCAACUAAUUAGAUUGCAAAUAAUUUCACAGUUUAAAACCUUCCAACAAACGUUAAAUAACCAUCAGACUGGUGUGGAAACCCGAGGGGCAGAAAUUCGGCACUUGAUUUUGUAGAUCUACUAAACUACUCCUAUAUUUUAACCAUCAUUUCUAAAGCCAUAAUUAAAGUGAUUGUUACAAUGUAAUUACAAAAUUCUCUUACAAUAAUAUACAGACCCAGACAUGUUAAAACAAGAAAUAGUAGUUCUGGUGCUCCUAGAACUUAAUGUUACCACCCAAAAAAUGUAAUUUAAAAAGGAUAAACUGGUGCUCCAACAGUAUUUGAAACUCAGUUUUCAGCAGCCAUAGGGAGAUAAUCAGGGGGAGUAUAAACCAGGUAUAACUAUACCUUACUCUAAUAUACUCUGUACCAGAAACCCCUAAUGACCAAUUAAAUUGCUUCUUUACUCUUGCUGCCAUUGAUCAGAACUAUUUUGAACUGGCUGCUAUGGGUUACAACUUGUAAAAUAAACUGACAUUUGCCACCAGCAAAUGCAACAAUUUUUUGUAAAGAACGUUAGUCCAUUUACAACAAUGCAAAAACUAAAACUAUAAAUUGGUGUAAAGUGUAAGAACAAGAGAAGCCAAACAAACAGGUCAUUACCUACCCAGUACCGAAAGAGAUGAUAUCCAAAAAUAGUUGCGUUGCUUCAUCGACCUAUAUAAAUACUAUAUAUACUGCAGAGCUUUUCCAGCUUAUUACAAACAACAGUUCUGCCAUUACUGGGAAUGACUUGGUUGAAAAGUUAUUGAUGGUAUAAUUUACCAAAUGGGUUUAGUAUGAUGUGUGAUGCAGGCCACAACAGGCCCCUGUAUAUAUUUCUUGCCCCAAGAAGUUAAGACAGGGCUGCUCUGCACCAAAAAUCUGGAGUAGGGUACAACCGGACCAUGAGUAUAAGGUCUCUUGCACUUCUGUCUGGGGUCAAAAGAAAACACAUCCUUUAUUUUUUCUUCCUCUACGUCGCCUAUCAAUGGUUUAAUAAACACCCUCAUCCAAUGCUUUGUGUACACACAUGUAGUGAUGCCAGUCCCUUGGCUGAUUAGGCUAAACUUUAGUACUUUAAAUAGUUUUUCCUUUAAGGCUAUGUAAUUGUUUCUUAUUAUUGUUUUUGCCACAUGGUGCAAAAUCCAGCAUGACCAAUGCGAUUUUCAGCUUAAGACAUCAAAAUGCUCAAAUUUGCCUCGUUAGAGACUAAUGUGGCAAUAGCUGGCAAUUACCAUUUCUAAAUUAUAAUCACCUGAUCCACACAUGCACUGGUAUUGUCUGAGCGAUUCCAUGUCGGUCAAUGACGAGCACUUUGCAGCACACCUACACAGCUCGAGAUUCACCAAAUCUAUACAUUUUGCCCAAAUACUCAAUACUUCCAAAUUGUUACAUCACAUGUUUCAAACUAACUUAAGUAUUUGCUUUGAUUCAGCUAAUCAAUGGGGAUUCAAACAAAUUGUGCAUAAAGAGCUGGGGUUGAAUGCUGAAUUCAAUACAUAAUUACUUUUCUUAAAGGGCACCUGUUGGCUAAAUAUAUUAUCCCCAACCAAAGGUGUGGGCUACUAGAGCCCUCACUCCGGUUGGGGGUUAGUCAUUUUUUUUAAAAGCCCCCGGCUAGUGCUAGGCCACCCGCACCAGGAGGGAGCUCCUAAUGAGCCAAUGCCGCAACUUGCUCAUUAUGUUCAUGUGCUCUGGAGGGGGACGUUUAAAAAAAACAAAAAAACUACUGUUACUCCCAACUGGGCUCUAAUAGCCAACUCUGUUGGUUGAAGAUAAUAUAUUUAGCCAACGGGUAUCCUGUGAAAUUGCUAUACUGCCAUCCCCUUGCCAUGAGGGAUAACUCCCUAUUUGUUCUCUACAGCACAAUGUAAUUGUAUCUUAUUAUUGUUUCUUAAUAUCUCAGCAGGAGGGGUGGGAUUGAUAUAAGAUUAACCCAAAAAUAUUUGCAAUGCCUGACAUAGUUAAUUUUUGCUCGGGAGUCUCCCAGACACCAGGUAAUCAUAAAGAGAGCUUUUUUUCCUAAUAAGACUUAAAGAAGACCUUGUCUAGAUAUUUUUAGUUUGUUACCAAGGUAGCACUGUGAAUGUUAUGUAAGAUGUGAGAUGCGACAGGAUGACUAAGGUUGAGGAAACAUUUCUCGUCUGAUCUUUCAGCUCUUUAACUCAUGCCUCAAACGCUGUGUUUAAGCAACGUUCAAAAUCUUAAUAGCCUACGCCAUGGCCAUCUGUAAAUAGUUGUUGAUACAAUCUAAUGAAUGAUGUCGGACAAGCCAUUUGUGCAGGGGAAAUGCCUAUUCAUUGUGAUUUUCUUUUGUCUGCAUUUAAAUCUUUCAAAAAGUUGGACUUUUGUCUAAAGCUCGGUAGGAAAUGUGCUGUAUUAAAUUAUUGGAAUAAUAAAUAAAUGCUUUCUGCAAGAAACCA